AUGGAUCUUCGUUAUAAAACGACCGAGUUACUUGAACGUCAUUCGUGGUUAAAGCCAGCUGCGUCGUUAUCGACGUUCAUUAUUGUACUAAUUUGUUUCGGAUUCGGGGCGUUUUCCAUCGCAUGUUGUCUUUGCUCGUUAUGCCUGGGUGUCAGCAUAGCGGCUUGGAUCGCCAACGAUUCAAAUGGACGUUUUCUAUAUCCUCUUGUUCAUAUGUGGUUUUCGAGUCAGUUUAAAGAAACUCAGCGAAAUGUGGCUAAUGAGGAUUCAUCGUCCCAGAAGCGUCGUGUGGUCCCAUGGAAGGAACUUGAGAUACCAGCGUCAGUAAAUAAUGCUCUUGAAAGUUUGCUGGAUCAGAUUAUCGAUGAAUAUGUGAACAAUUGGUACGAGUCUGAGAUCAGCCGCGAUCGCGCUUUUAUUAAUGAGAUAAGGUAUCAGAUUCGAUUCGCUUGUUCUAAGAUCUUGACAAAAGCAUUGGCACUGGAUCUGCCAGCAGUAGUGGCCGAGGACUUUCUGCCAACUAUAGCCCUACAUAUGCAUCGAAUCAUAGAAAAGGAGAACGAAUUGUCAGAAAAGGCGUAUCCACGUUCACUCAUUGAAUCGCACAUUUGUGAGAAACUUGCAGAUCUGCAUUUUUGUAUGGGCAGUAGGAGAAACGAAUUGGAUUAUUUAAGACAGGUAGCAGACUUCUUGAUAGCGAAACUUGUCGACGAUACACAUCUGGCUGGUAGAGCACAUGAUGAUGACAGCCCAUCAAGAAUGGGUGGGAAUGGCCGGAACAUGUCUUCCUGGCCUUCUCAGUCAGCGAGGCAUUUUUUGCGUGAAUUGGUUGUGAACGCAAUCCUUUUCCCAUGUCUUGAUCUGAUUGCUGACCCGGAUACGAUCAAUCACUUACUGAUUUUGGCGUUUGACGCUCAGAAAGCGGAUGACGAAGAAGGGUCGCACCUCGCGACUACUAGCAAUGAUGUAACUUUACUAACAAAUUUCACUGAACCAACUUCACAGUCCGUCCCGGAUUCACUGCUUCAACUGAAAUUGAGCGAGUUACUGAGAGAUGCUAGGCAAUUUUCCAUGUUCCGACUGUAUCUGCAAGAUACUCGUGGACCAGUUCAUGAGUUGAGCUUCUUGGCGGAAGCUUCUCGUAUCCAUGACAGUAUGCAGAGAAAGACAGAAUCAUCUAGUCAAAUUGCGUAUGACAUCUGGCAGCUGUUCGGGCAGUUCGUUCAUGACAGUGCUCCCGAAAAGAUUGAGUUUGAUGAAGAAAUUGUCAACGAGUUCAAAGCUGCAGUCGAGUGCAAUAAUUUACUGUUACUUGACAAGAUUAUUGAGAAGUCAUAUCAAGUCGUCUAUCAACGAAUGCAAACCGAUCAUGUGAUUCCGUUUUGUCAGUCUGAUGCAUUCCUCGGAUACCUGUGCGGUAGUCCACCUGUCUGUGUUAAUGAGUUGAUUGACCAGCGUUCUGUGCCGAGGAAGCCGUCUGUUACAGGAGGAACAUUCUCCCUAGCGCAGUUCAGGAUGAAACUGCGACGAGCCAUUGCGGGAGUGUCAAGUGAUUCAAUGGAAAGCGAAGACUCGUUGGGUUCAGGCUUCAGUGAGUUAGUGGAUGAUACGAAGAAUGAAAAUGCUGUCAGCGAAAGUGUAAAGGAAGCACCAAUGGCGAGAAAGGACGAAGAUGACGUGAGCUCAUCAUCUGCUGUAGAAGCUUCAAACGCCGAACCUGUACUCGUCAUCGAUAAAGAAACUCGGAACAUAAACCAGUGGAAAGUGAACAUUAGCAAAAUCGUACCAAUGAGGGAUAGCACGACAGGGAGAACUGUCUAUGUUUACGUCAUUGAUGUGGAACGAAAGGAAGCGAAGGAGAAAGAGACCAAGUGUUGGUGUAUAUAUCGGCGCUUCGCUGAGUUUUACGUACUUGAGAUGAAAUUACUGGAAUUCCAUGGUGAUUCACUUCGUUUUACCUUGCUCCCUCCAAGAAAGACAUUGGUUAGCAGAAAUCGAGCAUUUCUUGAGCAACAUCGCCUACUAUUUUCGCUGUUCCUCUCAUCACUCUGUAAACAGAAUAUGUUGCAAAGGUCCGAUCUUUUGUUUGCGUUCCUUACCAGUUCCGAAGAAUUCCGACAAAACAUACUGCUUAGCGAUUUGAAUCCGUGGAAGGUGGUGAAAAAAAUGCCUGGAAAGUUGAGCCGUGAAAAAGGCCAACAUCUUCGACCAUUCCUUCUCACUGUUCUUGCCAAUACUCUCUUUACACAAGAGAAAGUGGAGUUCAAAGAAAAGUUUGAAGCAUCUGAGUCUAGAAGUUUCACAGAUGGUAUGUCCCUAUUAUUCUUUUCCGUUAUGUCGCAUGCAUCUCAUUGGACAAUGAACAUUCAUUCAGCCCUCAGAAUGUUAUGCCGUAACACGAUCGAUUAUCUGAUGCUUCAUCUACUGAAAAGGCUCUACUGGAUAGUCUUCAGUGAAGUGAACCUUGUCACACUUACACAACUGAUUCAAACUGCAAUCUUCUGUUCGGAUGGGUCGUUGCCUUCUGAUCAGGAGAAAAGCCUUCGAGAAGAACUGGCAACGAGGCGUGCACUGGAAUUCGCGCAAGAGGAGAUGCCAUCAUGUGUGCUACGAGUACUGGACUCUAAAAGUUGGCGUGGUGGAGUCAAAAGACUGGUUAACACCCUCCAGUACCCGCGACUCAAUAAACAUCUGUCCUAUCUGCUUAUGGAUCUGCUUAUGACAAAGCUUUUCCCCGAAGAAUUGUCGUAG